GGGAGGGGCUGGGUUUCAGGUUCACCUUGACUGCUGGAGCCGCAGCGGGGCAGGUACCCGCUCCUGCACCUGUUUCUCUUGCACCUGCUGCACAGCUGCUCCUACCCAGCUCUCCCGGCCCGAGCCUUGCCUGGUGUGCGGGUGGCACCCCGGAGGCACCCCCACCUCCCGCCAGUCUCCCUGGGGGCAGCUCCUACACUCUGCUCCUUCUCUAGGGCAUCUCUCGCCUCCAGUCCGGAGCAGUCAGGAUAACAGAAAGCCCCACAGCGCCAUGACCGAAGUUGGUUGGUGGAAGCUGACCUUCCUCCGGAAAAAGAAAUCCACCCCCAAGGUGUUGUAUGAGAUCCCUGACACCUACGCCCAGAGCGAGGGCGGUGCGGAGCCCCCGAGGCCGGACAGCGGGAGCCCAGACAGCGAGUUUAACACCCGCCUGGAGAAGAUUGUGGACAAGAACACGAAGGGCAAGCACGUCAAAGUCUCCAAUUCGGGCCGCUUCAAAGAGAAGAAAAAAAUCCGGGCCACGCUGGCGGAGAACCCCAGCCUCUUUGAUGACAGGGAGGGCAAAGGACAGUGAAGGGGACCAAGGAGGAUGCUAGGCACCUCCUGGCUCGCUGCCGUCAGCUGGCUCUGAGACGGGAGCUUGCCACGCUGGCCUCUUUGGCCACAGCUGAAGCCGUGGGGGAAGGUGAUGCCUGCUGGCAGGAAAGUUCUGGUUUUAGGUUGGUAUUUAUGUGCUCCCGUGUUCUGGAAGGCCUGAGAGAUCCCAGGCCUUCCCACCUCCCCCGCCACACACAAAGGCCCUCCAGCUCAAGGAUGGAAAGUCCUGGAAGCAGGGGCAGUGCCGGCAGGGUGGUGGGUAUGACAAAGAAUGGAGAGAGGGAGCCGGACCGAUCUCACCUCCUCCUAGGCAUGGGGUCAAGGGUGAGUGUGAAUUGCUGCUCCCUCUACUUUCUCUACCUGUGAUUGUUCCUCGGACCAGUUCUGAGAGUGUAGUUUCCAGAAGUCACGUGAUGGUGGGUGGUUUCCGGGAGUUGAGCCCAGAGAUGCUGCACUCGAGCUCACCUCCUAAGGCGAGUGGGACACUUCCUGGAACUUUGCCCCCAAGGUGCGCAGGAGGAGGGGGACCCUGGUACUCCAAGGGGGUGCUACCAAAGGCCAGAUUAGGGACCCCACAGGUUCCUGCACACCUUCAAAGGGAAGCUACACUUCCCCCACCGGCCCAAACUUGGAAAGAGGGUGGAGAAGCUUUAAAAGCAACCAGUUCUGUGUCCUCCUCUCCCUGCUAAUAUUUAAGAAUGGAUCAGCCCCAGAGAUAAGUCCUGGAGCCUUGAAUUUUGCUUAAAAAAAUAAUGAUAGGUUUCUCUUUUUGUAAUAAACAAUGCUGCAAAAGCAGAGAACCUA